AUGACUUUAACUACUAUUUUGUUAUUUUCACUAAUAAUACACAUAAAUGCGGGUCACAAAUGUAAAUCCUCCAGGGUCCAUAGCCCUGAGGCAUAUAUUGUAGGUGGUGAGCUGGCUCAAAUAACCGAUUUUCCUUGGAUAGCAUCUAUAGGUUCUUACGAUCACUUUUGCGGCGGUUCUAUCAUCGAUAAGCGAACGGUGCUCACAGCCGCCCACUGUCUGAAGGGUGAAACGGCGUCCGAGCUGUACGUACGUGUGGGCUCAAGCAAGUAUGCGUCAGGAGGGGUUAAGAUACCUGUCCAAUCAUUUGUCUCACACUCGGGAUACCAGCCCAGUAUAUCCCAGGCCAACGAUAUCGCUAUCAUUAAAGUCAACGAAGAUAUCCCUAUUGACGGCAAAACCAUAGCCGCUGUGAACCUACCGGCCCGAGACUCGGACCCUAAAUCAGGUCUCGAUGUGGACAUCGCUGGUUGGGGUGAUCUGCGUACAGGUGCUCCGGAAUGGUCGCCAGAUUUGCGUAGAGUUACGGUACACCUGGUAGAUAGGGCUGAGUGUAGGGGUGCUUACGGGACGUUAAUCACCGAUGAGAUGAUAUGCGCCGGAGUUCCCGAGGGCGGGAAAGACUCGUGUAGGGGUGACUCAGGUGGUCCACUCACUCAGGGGUCCACUCAGUUAGGGGUGAUCUCAUGGGGUAAUAAAUGCGCGUUGAAAGGCUACCCUGGUGUUUAUGUCAGACUAUCACUGUACCUUGAUUGGAUUGAAAAGAAUAAGUAA